GAAGAACCUCCCUCUCUUGCCAGUGGAAUCGAAGAGCACGAACUUGAAGUGGGAUCGGAUGAGGAUGGAGAAUUGGAAGCUUACAAUAUGGAUCCUGGGACUUUCAAUGAAGAGGCCUCUUUUAUAGGACAAUACUCAUCACCCAGCCGAAAUUCUGGUUACCGCGAGCACCACACUGCCAUAUAA